CAAAUAUGUAUUCAUUAAUUCAGUGCGAACCGCGUUCUCUAAGCAGAUACAAGUAUCCAAUGAAUAAGUAACACCGUAUCAGUUAUCGAUAUAUCAUCCACCCCAUAAAUUCCGCCCCGUCAAAAUUUCGCAAAAUAAAAUAAUAAUAAUAGGGGAGUAAGCUUGACCCCGAGCACUCCCUUAUUCGACUCCCCACCAGACUUGAGCUCCACAAAUUUUCCCAUUGCCAUCUGAGGAUUGUCCAGAGCGUCCAUUGCAGGGUCAUUGGGAAGGAGCCUAAACCUUCACCCUUCAUACAAUUUCCGAGCAGCUUCGUUCUGCGCCUCCGCCCAGAGACCUAGGUUUGCCCUUGUCGCGCGCGCAUAGACAUAGCUUCCGCCCACGCGUCCUCAACGCUUGCCUGGACAAGUUUGCGUCCCAGGCCUUGUCUCCGUGCCUCCGCUAGAACAAACAUGGAACAGGCUACAUAAGCAGCCUCGGAGGCCGCAAUUGUUGCCGGAUCUGGAGAUUGGUUAAUAUUCGAUGCGGCCAUAAAAGAGUUCCAUGGAGUUUUGGAUUCGGAUCCGUCCGCGGGCAGCGCUCUGGGCCCGAGGAGUACUAUCAUCCCCAGCCAUUCAUCUGCUGAUAGCUGUUCUAUCGCGCUAAUUUCUGUGUCGCCUGUUGUUUCAGUGCGAACAACAACGAAUGUUUUGGCCUGUGGGUUCUGGAGACGUUCAGCCCAGACUGUGUCGUCGAAUUCUGAUUCUUUGUCGUAUGUCGAAGAGAAUGCUUUGUGGGUCUUCUUUCAAUGCACGGAGGCGGGCAGUUUUAUAUCGUUGGCAGAGUGCGCCCAUAGAUGAUGAUAGCAGCGCUUGAGGGAUGCAGAUAAUUUUUGUUUGGGACGCCAUUCCGCGAAGGCUUGGAUGUAGAUACGGAUUCGUGAUUUGAAGAUAAAACGUUUUCGAAAUGCUCUCCUCAAUGACUGCCCAAUGCGCCACUUCGUUUGAAUUUUCGAGCUGGGGCCAGUUUCCCAUCUAUCCCCAAGGACAAGGGUCACAUGCCUCAACUAAAUAAAUACGGAGAGCCCCUUACGUUGAGUCAUUAGUUAGACCGGUAACCCAAAAAAACGACGUGCGCGCCGUGGGAUAUGCGCCUGGAGGCUGAGAUCCCUUAAAGUCUCUGCAUUGGUUCUGGCUAAAUAUUUGUUCAGUCGCCGGGGGGGCUAUAAAGUUGGCAUAUUCAUUCAAGGCUUUCGUGGAUAUUCUUCUGUAGGGAGGUAGUGCUGAUAGUCAUUUUCAGCUACAGCUCCGUCGAGGUAAAGAGCGGAACCCACAGCAGCUAGGAAGAACGAGGAGCUUUUGACAGCAAUUUAACCUUUGGAACCAAUGCUCUGUGUUUAGAUCGACAUGUCAUAUUAAACUGGAUCAUUUAACUUCCUUCCGGAAUGUGGUUGAAAUAAGUCACCCAAAAGGGUAAGUUAACUAAACAAAAUGAAUUUGGACUUCUCAUCUGACUGUCCCGAGCCAACAACGACAUGACUCUGUUCACGAGUCAGUCAGCUAUCCCCCGGCCGGGUUCCUCUGCACGCUCCCGUGGCCGCCGCGGUGCCGAGCGAGACGCCAAGUGAACCGCAGCUGACGAUCCGUCCGGGGUUGAUGUGGUGUGGUGUGUGUUAGCUCGGGGACAGCGCCGUGUGAGUGGUCACGAGCGAGUAGCGCACGCGCCCAGGCAGUGCAAGCUCCUGGUGAGAGCCUUGUUGUAUGUUUUCAGCGUCCCAAGAUUUCAUAAAUAUACGCGGCGUAUACGUGGAACUCCUCACAAAGGUGACUUGUUUAGAGCUUUAAGAUUACCCGCGUUGAAUUGCGGAAUCUGUCAGUGUAUAUAUAUAUGUACAGAAAUAGUUAAUAUGACAACACCAAGACCUACCACCAACACGACCAACACCAACGACCACAACAGAGACAACUCCACUAGCCCUAACAAUGCUCCACUCCAAGGGGUUGCAAAGGACUACUAUUCGAGCGUCACCAGCAGCAGGCCACAGUUAUGGGAAUCCUUUCGAAACCUUGAUAACGCUAUCCAUUUUGCGGAAUGUCAGGGCUGUUUAGUAGACGAAGCAACUCAGAAUUUCGUUGUCGAUUUCGGCGACGAUGAAGCAUAUGCAGCUUUUGAUCUCGAGGAGGAGGACUUUGCUGCGCUGCUGAGUUCGAAGAGACCCAAAUCUUUAGAAACGAGAUGGAUUAAUAUAUGGUCACCCGAACGUCAACCGGAGCUUGUCCAGACUGUAGCCAGCAACUACAAAGUUUCUGCCCGCCUCCAAGCGAUGAUGGUUUCAGAGCCCGUCAUUCCUUCACAAGAAAUUUCCGCAGUUUCUCCGAAGCUCACAUCCAUCGACACGGAUGAGCCAGAGUUAGAACCGGAAGGAAAGUCUUUGCCGGCUUCCGUGGCAGAUCUAGAGGGAGGAUAUCAGCUAGGGGGUGUCCAGCAGGCGGGAAAGGCACUCUCUUCCCUCGAUGGAACGGGGUUUAGCAAAAUUUCUCUUUCCCAAAUUGUUAAUAAGAUAUGGCAUUUUUCGUCGGUGGACUACGGAGAGAAAUAUCUCUGUUUGGGUUAUAACUCGCUACAUGUCGUUUCAGGGCUUGAUCUCAGGAACUCUGCAGGUAAACCGGACGGUAAAAGAGUUUGGACUUGGCUCCUGAUAUGCGACGAUGGAACUGUAAUAUCAAUUCAUGAAACCCCAUUUCCUGGCCCGAGUGGUUUGGCUCCAGGAGAACGGCAGAAAGCUGUUGAGGUCAUUCGACGAAACACCAAUUUGGUAUUCUCCGCAAUAUCCUCGCAGCACAUUGCUAGCGAACGUGGCAACGCGCUCAUAACUACGUAUGUGAGGAAUUUCCCGAACGAGACCGGCACGGCAGCAAUUAAACCCGGAGAAGGCGCCAGCUUACUAUUCUAUUACCUAUUUGAUAACUGGCCUGCGAACUAUAACCUGGUUAUCGGGCGGGAACAUUCUUAUAAUGCAGCGCUUGAUAAACUACGAAGACGCAUGCUCGAGCGAGCACAGGUGCAGUUAAUUGACGACCUGCACAGACUAGGGAGGCAGCUCGCCGUCCUUAAACGCAUUUAUCAGAGCUAUGAUUUGAUUGUCAACCGUGUCCUCAAACGGCAGCGUCUGCUUCGAGAGGAGAUUCGGAACUCUCAGCCCGCAAACAUGCACCAUCCUCCUCACCAGCGGGGCGGCCAUUUCGGUCUCGACUUACUGAGCAGGGGGAACUCAUGGAGACCCAACGGGUUUGACGAGAUUAAUCCGAGUGAACUGGGUGGCAUCCAGCUUAGCUCUGCUGCUGUUGGCCGAUUUGAACGACUACUUGAUCGAAUCAGGCUGUACGCCUUGAGUGAAAUCGAUGAGUGUCUGGCCGAGAAGGAAUCGAUGACGUUUAUGGUGUUCAAUUUAAUCGCCGUCAAAGAUUCACAGGCGGUCGAAAGGUUGACUCGAACUACGAUUCUCAUAGCUAAAGCGACCAUUUUCUUCCUGCCAGUCACUCUGAUGACUGGGUACUUUUCGACGGAGAUCGAGGAGCUCCAGGGUGUGUACACGGUGAAACAAUAUUGGAUUGCAUUUGCGGUGCUUCUGGUGCUGUCAGCGUUAGUUCUCGUGAUAUAUGGAUGGGCCACUGAUACAGUUGAGGGCAAGACAAUUUAUGUAUCCUUUGCAAAGAGUUUCUACCGCGCUUCUGUAGCGGCCUUUGGGAAAAGGAGGAAGCGCAAAGUUGGAUAGAGAUGAAUUGGUCAUGAUUCCUUCCAAGUUUCAAUUGAUGGCGAUCGGGGCUGACAUGGGAUUCUGCGCGUCUCCUCAGGCCGCGUAUCCUGCAUAACUAAAGCAAGUGGACUUCAGCACUCUGGAUUGCUUCCCAAGGUUUACCAUGUUCGUUCUGUGCAUGUGGAACGCAUGGCGGAAACCUUAAAAAACAACCUGCUACCGCAUUCUGGAGAAUUGCUGGGCUGCUUCAUUCACUCUGUACAGGCAAAGUACGGAGUACAGCAGCCUAUAUAUGACAUUUGGGUCAUAUGGAUAUAUUUUUAUGUGGAAUUAAGCUUUACGCUGAAAAACAUUCAAAAAAAUCAAUUUGACCCAAAUGUCACUAUAGGCUGCCGUACAAAAUAGCAAUAUAUUUGUACAUGUACACACAUAUGGAUGUUCAGACAUGCAGCUUUUGUUCUAUUAUGUUAUAAUUUUUGCUUCUUGAAGACUAGAAUUGUAGGAAUUCUGUAGCCUCUAGAGCUGUUGUUACCUGGCAUAUGUAUCCAGCUGGUUCCUGAGAGGAACUAUCGAGGGGAUAUGUGUCCUCUUCUAUGGGGCCCGAGCAUGGCAGAACCAGGCAGACGCAAUCGAAGGAGUUUAUUAUUUACUCUUGCA